UACGGAGUAUUUUCUCUACUUUAAAGUCAAGAGAGUUUUACGAAUACAUCAUAUCCAAGAAUAUGGCUUCCAAAUCAAUAUUGGUCUUCUUGAUAAUCAUCACCUUCUUCAUACUUAGGAUCAAAGGGCAAAACUCGAGAAGCUCACAAGCAUGGAUAAGAGCUGGUUACUGGGAGUCUCUGGGUCCCCUCCCUGUCCACGAGAUAAACUCCGCUCUCUUCACUCAUCUCUUCUACGGUUUCGCUUUCGUGAACCCAACCACCUACCAACUCUUCUUCAACUCCUCAAACAAACAAUCCUUCACCGACUUCACCGCCACCGUAAGGCGCAGAAACCCAUCCAUCAUCACCAUUCUCUCCGUCUGGUUCGCAAGAAACGAAGCCAAAGACUUUUGGUCAAUGGUCAAAGACCCAUCACACAGAAAAUCCUUCAUACAGUCUUCUGUGAAAACCGCCCGGCUUUACGGCUUCCACGGCCUCGACCUCCUCGGGGUCAUGGGCGGAGCUAGGGGAGGGCCAUCCCUGGCUCUGGCCCAGCCCAAAUUUUAAAAUGCUUGUAUUUUUAGUGUAAAAAAUUCCGUGUAAAAAAUUUCAAAAAAUAUUCUUUGUAUCGGCCCAGUCCGGCCUAGUGCUCUAGCUCCGCCCCUGCUCGGGGUCAUGCCCCCCGCGGCGGAUAACGGCAGGAGCGCCGCCGACAUGGCGGCUUUCUUGGACGAGUGGCGGGCCGAGGUGGUCUCGGAGGCGGCCGGGAAAGAGCAGUUGUUGCUGACCAUGCUGGCUCAUUUCUAGCCGGCGGUCAACGAAUCAUCCGGGAGUUACCCCGUUGACUCCAUGAAGAGAAGCCUGGAUUGGAUAAGCAUCCAAGCGUUUGACUAUUACGUGCCGACAGUUGACCGGUUGACUGGCUUCCAUGCAGCUCUAUAUGCCCCUAAUAAUAAGGGCAGUCGUCCUAAUUCAUCAUUAAGAAUGGCUAACACGGAUGAUGGUUUGAAGGCAUGCAUGGCUUUCGGUAGGGUAUAGUCCUGGGAAAAUAGUUUUGGGGUUGCCCUACCAUGGGUAUAUUUGGACCCUUGACUCGAAUGAUAGUGACAUUGGUUCGCCGGCUUGGGGGUUGUCUUCGGCCGCUGAUAGUUCCAUGGGCUAUAAAUCCAUCAUCUCCUUCGUUCAGAAUUACGGGUAUGGGGCUAAACCGGUGUAUAAUUCGAGUUAUGUGGCCAACUCUUUCACACUGUGGGACACGUGGAUCAACUUUGAUGACGUGGAUGCCGUUCAAACUAAGGUGUCCUAUGCCAAGUGUAAGGGUCUCCUUGGUUAUAACGCGUUUCAAAUCGCCAACGAUAAUAAUUGUGCUCUUUCUCAAGCCGCAGCUGAUAUGAGCGACACCAAGCGGCAGAGGAAGAAGAAACGGAAGUUAUGGGUCAUUGCUCCGGUUAUACUUGCUGCAGUUAUUCUCAUGUGGACUAUCUUUUGUUACGUCCAAAGGGAAAUAUUUGAACCCCAAGGACAUUUGAGAAAAGUAAGAUCUUGGAUAACAAGAGCAAAAAUCUCGCACGUAGGGGGAUUGAAUUCUUCUUCUCCUCCUAAUCUGCAAAUUUUCAGGUUUAGUAGCAUCAAAGCUGCCACAAAAAACUUUGCAAGUGAAAACAUGAUUGGCCACGGUGGAUAUGGACCUGUCUACAAGAUAGGGUAAGUUACGAAAGGGGGAGGAAAUAGCAGUGAAGAGACUCUCAAAGACCUCAAGUCAAGGGCUUGAAGAGUUCGAGAACGAGGUCACUCUUACUUCUAGCCUUCAGCAUGUGAAUCUACUUCGAGUUAUUGGAAUUUGCACCGAGAGGGAGGAAAAAAUGCUCAUUUAUGAGUUCAUGCCUAACAAAAGUCUUGAUUUCUACCUCUACGCUGAUCAAGCAAAGAAGGAUUUGUUAGAUUGGAGAAAACGUGUUUCAAUAAUUGAAGGUCUCGUGCAAGGGCUUCUAUAUCUCCACGAGUACUCAAAUUUCACUAUAAUUCAUCGCGAUAUUAAGACAAGCAACAUUUUACUAGAUGAGGACAUGAACCCUAAAAUAUCUGAUUUUGGCAUGGCCAAAUCUUUCAAAAAGGAUGGUCUUGAAGCCUACACCGCCAGAAUUGUUGGAACUUAUGGCUAUCUUCCUCCUGAAUAUGUGAAGAACGGAACAUACUCUUUGAAGUAUGACGUUUAUAGUUUUGGAGUUGUGCUUCUCCAAAUCAUAAGUGGGAAGAGGACUUCUUGCUUUUAUGGGUGCAAUGAAUUGAAUCUUCUUGAAUAUGCGUACGAACUGUGGAAGCAAGGGGAAGAGGCAAAAUUUUUCGAUGCAUCGUUGGAUGAUUCGUGUUCGCAAUGUAAGUUGUUCAGAUGUAUGCAAGUGGGACUGCUGUGUGUGCAGGAAGAUGCAGGAGAUAGGCCAUCAAUGGUGGAAGUUUUUGCACUUCUAAAGAAUGAGAAUGGUGUUGCAAUAUCUACUAUACCCAAGAAGCCCGCCUUUUCAGUAACUUCAAGAGAUGAAAGAAGCCAAGAUGAUGAUAAUGGCAUUAAUAAUGAGAAAAUAUUUUCAGUCAAUCUUACUACCAUAACACAACUUGUACCUCGCUAAAUUAGGGACACUUAAAUAGUUCAAUUCAUGUAUUGAUUCGGAUAUAGAGUUUUGAAAGAGCAUUGAAAUUAUAUAGUUUUGUAACAAAUGUGACGAUUGGAGGUUGAGGCUAUACUUUUACUGCUUUGGCCAGCUUCUUUCAUUCUUUGAAAGUGUAAAUUUAAGUGACUUUAUCCAUAUUGUGGGGUAAAUAAAU